ACCCCCCGCCUCUCCCCGCAGCAGCUCUCGCGCCUCACGUCCGAGUACGACAAGCUGGCGCAGCAGGCGGAGGCGGCGGGGCUGACAGUGGGCGACUGGGGCGGACGGCUGGGGGCACAGCUACCCGGCCCGCCCUCCGCCCCCUACUCCACCUCUCAAACUGGCAUCGGUGGCAUCGGUGGCAGUAGCGGCAGCGGCAGUGGCAGCACGUCCAAGAGCACCGGCUCCGCUGCUACCGCUGGGGGCACCAGCGCCAGCACCAGCGCCAGCACCAGCGCCAGCACCAGCACCAGCAGCAGCAAGGCAGGC